GAAGGACACCAAAACACACACCGGUGAGUGAAUGAGUGAGCGCGUGCAGACCAGAUGAAGGUGAAUCGGCGAGUUUAGAAAGGAUUUAAGGUGAUAAUAAAAGCAUCGUUUAUACGAACUGAAUCAGGCUGUACUGCGACCGAGUCUCUGGCUAACGAGUCUGUGCACCUCACAUGGCCGUGCGACUGCUGAAGGUGUCGUCUGUCGCGACUGCACUCGUCGCCUCGUCCGGAUUUUACCUGUACUCCCAGAAAGUCGACUUCAAUGACCUCAGUGUCGUCAGGUUUGGCCGAGCGGCGGCUACGACGGCGGUCAUCAGUUAUGAUUAUCUCACCGCUCUGCGACAGGUUCAGUACGGGACAGAAGAGUACUGGAGCCUCAAAUCACAGGUUCACAGACGCUCAGCCGAGAGACUCAGAGACCUGUGUUGCGCAAACCGAGGCACGUUCAUUAAGGUGGGGCAGCACCUGGGGGCUCUGGACUACCUCUUGCCCGAGGAGUACACGAGCACGCUGAAGAUCCUCCACAGUCGAGCUCCUGCCAGCACCAUGCAGGAGAUCCAGCAGGUCAUCAGAGAAGAUCUGGGCAAAGAGCUGGACGAGUUGUUUGUGAGCUUCGAGGAGAAGCCACAGGGGGCAGCGUCUCUCGCUCAGGUCCACAAGGCCAUCCUGGCUAACGGCACCACUGUGGCGGUCAAGGUGCAGCAUCCAAAAGUUCAGGCUCAGAGCUCCAAGGACAUCAUGGUGAUGCAGUUCCUCCUACAGGUGGUUCAUUGGCUCUUUCCAGACUUUGCGUUCAUGUGGCUGGUAGAAGAAGCUAAACGAAACAUGCCUCUCGAGCUCGACUUCCUUAAUGAGGGAAGAAAUGCAGAGAAAGUGUCCCACAUGCUCAAGCGCUUCAACUUCCUGAAGGUACCAAAGAUCCACUGGGAGCUUUCAACCAAGCGGGUCCUGACCAUGGACUUUGUGGAAGGGGGGCAGGUGAAUGACCGCGAGUACAUGACCCACCAUGGAAUAGACGUCAACGAGAUUUCCAGGAACUUGGGCAGAAUGUACAGCGAGAUGAUAUUCGUGAACGGAUUUGUGCACUGCGACCCUCACCCCGGCAACGUGCUGGUGCGAAAGUGCCCGAAAAGCAAUAAGACGGAAAUUGUUUUACUCGAUCACGGCUUGUAUCAGUUGCUGAAGCCGGAGUUUCGCCUGGAUUACUGCAGACUGUGGCAGAGUCUCAUAAAGGGAGACAUGAAGGGUAUUGAGCGCUACAGCAGGCGUCUGGGGGCCGGAGACCUGUACCCGCUGUUCGCCUGCGUCCUCACGGCUCGCUCCUGGAGUUCGGUCAGCACUGGGAUUAGCCAGACCCCUGUCACGAGCUCUGAGCAUCUCGAGCCGAAAUGGAAGCUUAAUCGAGAAGAGUGCACAGCAGCUACGUUAAGCGGAGUUAUUGAUGUGGAGAUCCGCACGAACGCAGCGCUGUACCUCCCUCAGAUCAGCGAGCUGUUGAACCGAGUUCCUCGGCAGAUGCUGCUGCUGCUGAAGACCAACGACCUCCUGAGGGGCAUCGAGACGGUUCUGCAGACCCGUGCCAGCUCCAGCUCCUUCAUCAGCAUGAGUCGCUGCUGUACACGAGCACUCGCCAGUUAUAAGAGGAGUAAGACUGACUCGAGGAUGAGGAGGCUGCAGAUCAGCGUGUCCGAGUCUCUCACUCUGUGUCAGAUCAGUCUGUAUGAAGUGGUCUUGUGGAUUCGGAGCUCAUUGUUGGUGAAGUGGAUGUGUUACGCGCUCGGCUGUUUGCCCUUUGCACACUGAGGGGUUUAAAAGGGGGUUAAAGACGGACCACCGCACUGCCUCGCUGCCUCUCCACUCCCUCGUGACUCUCAUCAUCUCUCCAUCACACGGAGAGACGAGAGUCACAGAGUUAAACCUGUAAUUGCUGUAUGUUAUCAGUCGAACUCAUGUUGAAAAUGAUGUCAAGCUGUAUUUCAUCAAACACACAAAUGCAUUCGAAUGCACAAACACUGCAUCUGACAUUUAAAUAUGGUUGCCAGGUAUAAAUAAAAUGUGCAGGCACAUUCAAUUUCAAUAGAAACAGAAAGCGAAAGUGAUUCAAGUGCCAUUGUCCAAUCUGAGUUGUCCAAUCAGGACAGCUUAACAUUAGCUAGCUUGAAGUCUUAAUGUCAUUAAGUUGCUAGCGCUAGCCUCGCCAGGAUUGUGGAGAUAGCUGUAGAAUAUCAGAUGUUCAUGAAGACGUUAAAUAUUCUGGUACGUUCAUGUUAAUGAUAAAGAUGCGGAGUUUUCCUACUGUAUAUAUAACACCGUCAUUACGAGGUUAUUAUAAGCAGCAACCCAGCGAUGUGUGACAUCACUGUAAAAAGGGGCGGGGCUACAAUGAAAACGGCUCAUUAAAAAGUUCACUUUUGUUCGUUUAUAAUAAAAUAAUCAUUAUUUUCUACACAUGGUUUGUGGAUUUGAAUGCAUUUUCUCUCUCUGUUUUAAUUUUUUUAUUUCUUUUGAAAUUUUUGUAAAUUUUUCCAAAAUGCACCACGACACAGAAACGGACGUCUAGACGUCUUGUUGGACGAGUUUAGAAACUUUAGAUGAAAUUCCAUUCAACACACCAUCUCUGAAAUACCGCACAAUUUAUUUGAUUUAUUUACAUUAUAAUUUAUUUAUUUACACUCUUACGUAGCCAUAAUGUCAGCUAGCUAGUUCAAGUUCUAGUUCAGCUCCGUGUCAACCAGCUGUUGCUAUAGAAACGGUGCCUGUUAUGGUUGCUGUAACGUGAGGAGGCUCGUUUUUGCAGGUGUUUAAUUUAAUUAAUAAUAAUUUUUUUAAAGUGUGUGCUGUUGUUGAAUAAUAAAUAAAUAAAUUUGGUUGUUUAAGAGGAAUAAAAGAAAUCCUAAUAUAUGUCUUGUUUUAACUUUUUUUUUUUUUUUACCUGUGAUAUAAAUGUGUGGUAUUUAAAAAAAUUAAAAAAUGAUUAUUGCUUAAUUGUUGAAUAAUUAUUUUAAUUAUUAUAAAUGUAAUAUUUUUCUUUUUAAUGUUUUUUGCUGUAUUUUCUUUCCCAGACAAUUCCUUCAUUUUUUUCAUACCCCUGUCCACGUGCACGGCUGUUUAAACUUAAAUGGACAUUUAAAAUAAUCUGAAACAAAUCCUAUUAAUGUCUCAGUGAUGAUAUGUUGAUAUCAUUAUGUUUUUACAUAUUUAAUAUAUAUUUUUUAAUUUCAGGUGUCUCCUACUCUGCAGUUAUU